GACCCAUAACUGUAGUUGACUGGUAUAAUCUGAAAAGCAAUAAGGUAUUGAAAUAUAAGGCUACCAUAAUGCCGCGCGCUAUCUCGCUCUGGGUCUUUAGUGAAUGAGGAUUGAGGAGGAGGUGUUAACAAAUACCCCCAAAGUUACUGUGCAAGCCAGACUCGUUGAACCAGAACCAUGUAGGCUACGGCAUUAUGUCGGACCAUGUAUCGGGGGAGGUAGGCUGAAAAGGGACAGUUUGUACGCUCACUGCGCAGUCAACAGCGGUCGGAGCUGGCAAAAGGCAAGAUAAAGCCUUGCGUGUUUCUUUGAGAUAACGAUGUCCGGUUUGCUUUUGCCAAGGGUGAAAUAAAGCAGGAGAUCUCAUCCAAGACCUCAUCAAGACGCAAAGAAAAUGCCCUCCCUAUGUGUCCGACUCAGCUGUCACGUUCAAUAUUUGCUGACAGAAAGAAGGUGAUAAGAAGAUAUCUAAUGCAGAGCAACAGGUGAAAUGGAUAGAUGACUUUCCCUUUCCUCCGAGCAACAGUUAAUUCCAGAAGGAAAAUUGAGUGACCAUGGGGCGCUACAGCGGAAAAACAUGUCGCUUAAUUUUCAUGCUUGUCAUCACCGUCAUUUUCUUCGUGGCCGAGAUCGUCGCCGGGUACAUGGGGAACUCUAUAGCACUUGUAUCAGACUCCUUCAACAUGCUGUCGGACAUUCUGUCGUUAUGCGUGGGCUUGACGGCCUCAUGGGUGUCGCGUCGUGCCGGAUCGGGCCGCUCCACCUACGGCUGGGUCCGGGCUGAGGUUGUUGGCGCUUUGGCCAACGCCGUCUUCUUGGCCGCCCUGUGCUUUUCUGUUUCGAUGGAGGCGAUUAAACGACUUGCCCGGCCAGAGGCCAUUGACGACCCUAAACUGGUUCUCGUGGUCGGCGCCCUAGGGCUCGCUGUGAACAUUAUUGGGCUGUUAAUUUUUCAGGACUGCCGUAAUUGCUGCGGCUUGAGCUCCCGGAUGAAGAGAGCGCAUGAAUCAUCAGCUAAAUCAGACGGGGGAUGUGAGAUGAACGGUGAGGCAGGCACCACAGUUCUAACUGAUGAGAGUGAGCAGCCACAGAAAGAGGGGCAGCCCCUCAAUAUCAGAGGUGUGCUGCUCCACGUUCUAAACGAUGCGCUGGGCUCCGUGGUGGUGGUGGUGGCCUCGGCCCUGUUCUACGUGUGGCCCCUGGCCCCCGGGGACGAGUGCAACUGGCAGUGCUACGUGGACCCCAGCCUCACGCUCAUCAUGGUGGUCAUCAUCAUGUCCUCCGCUGCGCCGCUGAUAAAGGAGACCACCAGCAUGCUGCUGCAGAUGUGCCCGGCUGACCUGCCUCUGGCCACGCUCGUGGAUGAAGUGUGCCUACUCCCUGGUGUGUUGGGGGUUCACGAAGUCCACGUAUGGGAGUUGUGCAAGGGCCGGCUGGUGGCUACCCUCCACGUGCGCUGUUCCCCUGAACUCCAGGGCGGCGUUGCCGGCCUCGCCUCCCUCUCCCAUCAGACGCGCCAAAUCUUCCACCGGGCCGGGGUGCACAGCCUCACCCUCCAGCCCGAAUUCGGGGAGCCCCAGCCGGGGAAGGGCGUCUGCGCGGCCCCUUGUCUGGCACCCUCCUGCCAGAAGCUGUCGUGCUGCCCGCACGCCACCCGACAGCAGACUGCCGUGAGCCAGAGCAACGGGCACCCUCUGCUGCCGCUCACAGAGGUGUCCGUGGACGUGCCCGACAGCACCAGCACCAGCAGCACCUUGCUGAGGGAACGGGCAAGCGCCGGCAAGAUCGUCCAAAGCGUAGAGUUUUAGAGCUACUCCAUAGCUGAGGGUACAGUAGAUGAUGCUGCUGCUGCUCCAGAGAUGACACACGCUUCCUUCCUACUGUAGUGAAACUGAGGAGGACUGAACAACUCUGGCUCUUUCUUUUGAAAGAUGUGCCACGGACUGAGGAUCAAAAGGACCAUUAUGCCUGUUGGACAAUCUGUACAUUUGAAUAGUUGAAAUGGCCAGUGUGUGUGUGUGUGUGUGUGUGUGUUUGGACCAAAUGUGUACAAAUGUGCCUUCCCUUUCUCAACGGUCUGCCUUCAGACAAGCCAUUCAGGGUUUAGCACACACGCACAUACACAUACACACACACAGACACACAUUCACACACACACACACACACACACACUUUCUCAUGUUCAUGCACGCUCACACACACACACACACACACACACACACACAUGUUCAUGCACGAACGCACACAUACACACACACACACACACACACACACGUAAUUAUGCCAGUAGUAAAUUUCAUUUAUGAUGCACUUUUGCACCGGUUAAUUACUCUCAUUUCCUAUCAGGCUCUGAUAAAUGGAAAUAAAUUGUCAGCGCCCCUAAUCUUUGCACUGUAACUUUGAGAGGGCAGGGAGUUCAUGGGUAAAGGCGAGGGUGAGUUACGAGGAUCAAUGCUACUUCCCAUUGAUGGACAGACUGAUGAUUUUUGUGAAACACAAAUUACACUGAAUACGAUGCACUGUUUAGAUAUAUUGUAUUAGGUACUGUACAUGUAAGUCACAGCAAAUGUGACUUGUUUUUGUCUAAUAGUCAUUCAGUGAAAUCAGUAUUCUCAUAAGCCUUCCUGCCUUAUGUGUAUUGAAAUGCAUUAGUCAGUUCCCGACUGAAGUAAUAACCAAACAUAACUGUCGGUCCAUAAUGCAAGUCUUGAUGUCAGGUCUGGGAGAAGAUUAAGGAACUGUGAUGGUGCUAUGGCCAGUAGAUGGCGCUAGAACAAAAGCGUUGAGGGACCACACAGUCUGAUGCAGGGAUUGAAUGUGGUUGUAUGUACUGUAUGUAUGGUUGUACAAAAUGCUGUCUACAUGUCAUUCCACAAUGUAAUCCCAGUGACAGUUUUAUGAGUAAAAUAGUUCAAGUGA